AUGGGACUCAAUAUGAAACGCAAGGAUAAGAUCACGAUCGCAUCUGGUCUCUCUUUGGGCAUUUUUGCCGGUGCGUGCUCUGUUGUCCGUACCAUUGAACUGCGAUCCAUGUCCUCAAUGGAGAACUAUGUGUACGACACCGCGAGUAUGCUUCUUUGGUCUUCCACCGAAGUAUUCCUCACGAUUGUUUGCGCGUGUGUCCCCGUUCUUCGGCCACUUUACGUCCGCAUCAAAUACGGUUCACGCGGCGACUCCUCAGGCCAGAACUCCUAUCCACUCAAGGAGUACUCCAAGUCCAAGAGCAGCCGUGGUAUGGAUGGAAGUAGGAAGUCGGAUAAAAUAUACAUGGGCCCUGGGGAGAGUGUUUUACAGACAACAGUUCGGAUGGGCAGUGAUACAGCAAGCGAGGAGACGAUACUCAGGGAGAGUCAUGGGAACAACGCUUGGAACCAUGAGCCGAAGGACCCGGGCGAUAUCACCAUCACCACCACUGUCACUUCGAGGGACGAUUUCGUAUGA